AUGUUAAUUAUUUUAUUAUUUUUAUUAGCUGAUUUAACGUCGCAAAUUCCUCCGCCUCCAGUGCCUUCUGGCGCUAAACAAACGUUGGAAGAAUUAGUGGCUGCAGGGGUUAGUAUAUUGGAUGAUUUGGAAUUGUGGACUUGGUGGAAGCCUAGUUGUUGGUUGCGUUGGGGUUUUGAAUUGUGCCAUUUUUACACUGAUUUGCCUUGGUGGGGAGUAAUUGCAGCUAUGACUGUUCUAAUUCGUUUAACUUUGAUUUAUGUUCCAAUUAAAAUUCAACGUUUUAAUGCCAGGCAGAGUCAAUUUCGACCAGAAAUUCAAAAAUUUAAUGAUCGAACAAAGGAGGCAAAAAGAGAGGGAGACCACAUGCUUGGUUUGUUUUGUAAAAUUUUUAAAAUUUUUAUUUUAGUUUAUCAAAUAAUGAUGGAACAAAAGGAUUUUUUGAAACAAAAGGAUAUAAGUCCUGUUAAAUAUAUGCCGCUAAUCGCUUCAAACUCUUUGGUAUUUAUGUCACAAUUCUUUGCUAUAAGAAAUAUGGCGGUUGCUAAAUAUCCAGGUUUUCAAGAUGGAGGGAUUUAUUGGUUCACAGACCUCACUGUUGGCGAUCCUUAUUGGAUUUUGCCUGCCAUCUCUGCAAUUACAGUUCACUUCGUUUUUAAGAGUGGUGUAGAUAUAGGCUCUUUAGAUGCGUCUCCAAUAAUGCGUCCAAUUCUCUUAUAUGCUUUUCCAGCUGUUGUAUUUGUUUUUGCUUUACAAUUUCCUUCGGUAUUUUGAAAAUUUUACAAAAAUAUUUUUAUUAGGCACUUUGUGUUUAUUGG